AGCUGCAGCCGUUGGGGUGGGGGGGUGACACUUCCUUUCCGCACUCAAGGAGGCAGCGAGCACCAGUGGUUUCUCCCCCUUCCCGGGGCCCGUUGUUUCCCUUCAGUACAGGCAUCCCUGCCCGAGCACCGGCUCCCUGAACCGGGGAGCGGCCUACAGGUCUCCUUUCGGGCACGCUCCUUGUUGAACGCGGCUCGUGUAAGAGUCGAUUCAGGCCGUGGCGAGCAGCCCCUUGGGCCUGUGGCUGGGUGGGCGGUGCCACCGGGCCCAAUCCAGCCCCUCUAUCCAGCGCAUGGGGGUGGGUGCAGCUGGGGCCCUGUGUCGUUGUGUGGCAGGGCGCUGCCUCAUCUGGCUGCCCAGCAAAGCACCUGGCCUCAGCCCGGAGCCGAUCUAGAUGUGUCUAGCAGCAGCCCAGGUGGAAAGUUCCUCACAUUUUUAUGUGCUUGAGCUACACAAAUUACCCUUAACUCAAGAUGCAUCCAGACUUGUCUCCUCAUAAGCACACGGAAGAAUGUAACCUCAUUAUCAGUCUGCUCAGAAAGUGUCACAAAGAGCACAACUUUCUGAAAUUUUUUGGCCAUUGCAACGACAUUGACCGGGAGAUGCGGAAAUGUUUAAAGAAAGAGUAUGAAGCAAACAGAGCCAAGAGCAAGGCACAUGCUGAAGUAAUGCGACAGAGACAGAGACGGACUGAGAGUUGAACUGUGUGGUAGCUGGACAACUAUACAUCAUACGGAAACGGCUGAAAGCUGAAGGAGUGUUUUAUUUUGUAGGCACUUGGAUAUAGAAAGCUAUUUAUUCAACUGCUAAUGUUUAUAAUAAAAAAUUGCUGAAGUUUACACUUCCCACUUUCAAGAUACUAAUUGUUUAGUAAGAGAUUUAGUACAAUGCAAUUAACAUUUCUGAUGUUUGUAGUAUAAAUAAAGGUGUCGUGAUUUAAAAGGAAACCAAGGUUGCUGCAAAAUAAGUGUGUAUUCUGUUGUCGGACACUGACAGCAGGCUGAGCAAUAACCUGGGAUAUUUAAGUCAAAUAAAGUGUCUCCAAAAUCUUUCUAUCUGGGGCUUAUCUCUGUCU